AUGACUUGCGUGAUCAACCUCAGUGUGUCUAUAAUCUGGAUGAAACUAGACUGCAACCAGAUCACAGACCUCAAAAUGUCAUUGCCCUCCCCAUACCAAAGUAAGCCGUUAACCGUUACCUCACAACAGUCAACUACAACUACGCUCACUGGAGGUGAAAAUGCUGCUGGUAAUUUCCUUCCUCCUUAUUUUAUAUUCAAGGGAAAGAGGUAUAACUCUGACAUCAUGACAGGAUCAACUCCGGGAGCACAAUAUAAAAUGUCAGACAGUGGAUGGUCCAAUAGAAAUAUAUUCAAGCAGUAUUUAGAAGAGAUCAGACUAGUAGGGACAAUCAGUCAUAUUCUUGUAAUUUAUGAUGGACACUCUUCCUAUUACAAUGAGCCAUUGAUCAACUGGGCCAAAGCACGCAAUAUAAUUCUAUUUGUUCUUCCUGCACAUACAUCGCACUUACUACAACCCUUAGAUGUUGGAAUAUUUGGCCCGUUUAAGGCGAGUGUACAGUGUUCAUGA